GUGAAUUGUAUACAUGUCACGCAGAGACCGAGCUUAGGGGCCAAACAUCGAAGAAAUGGGCCCUUUUUUGGAGGCGAUUCAUUUUUCCUUGGUGACCCUCGAGGGCGGGAAUCAAUUUAUUAGUUGAAUUUAAUCCCAUAAAAAUAGGAACUCUGAUUUAUUCAUAUUAGAAAAUCGGCAACUCCACUAUGAACUUGAAUCAGCACGAAUUUGGAACUCGAGUUCCAAGAGAAGGGUUUUCCUUCAUGCACCUUUUCCACCGUCUCGUCGAUACGCAGCGUUUCAUGUAAAACGGGUCUCGAUUUUCUGGGUGUGAGGUUAGUGACUUUGUAGCGAAAUUGGAGUACCAUUUUGGGUUUCAUCACGUUCAGUUUCCAUUUAAUUGGAAAAGAAUUCGAAAAACCCGUGACAUUUUGAUUUGGGCAUUUUUUUUUCUCCAUUUCCCAUAUCAUUUUGCCGGAGAAGUGAAGGAAUUAGCUGUUAAUCUUCUGGGUUUGUUUCGAAAUUUGGUUUUUGUACGAAAAUUUGGUUCACUGUAUGCGGCCAUGGCUGAAGUUGAGCCGAUGAAAGUCGACGGCGUGGAUGUGGGGAAGCCGGUAAAUGGCAGCCUAUAUGAGAGGAAGAGGCCGCCGAAGAGAAAAAGGUUGGAGCCGUGCGCUUUUUCACCAAGCCCAGAAGUAAAGCAAGCGAAAAUUGUAGGAUUUCGUAAUGAAAUUGAUAGUCUAGUAAAAUACUGUAAGAAUUUAGUGUCGGAAAACAAAGGGGUAUUGUUGGAAAGUUUGGAGAAAUUUGAGAAUUCCUCUGCUUCUGUUAAUAGUGUGAUUGCAUGUUUAAUGGAGGAGAGUGAUCUUCCUUUGUCCAAGCUAGUUGAUGAGGUUUUUGAGAAAGUGAGGGACAGAAAAGGAAAUUGUACUGCUUUAAGUAAGGCUAGUGUGAAGAAUGCUGUGCUUAUAAUGGGGCAGAGAUUGUGCUAUGGUGUGGUUGGUGCCGAUGCUGAUGUUUUGGAGGAUGAGGCUGAGCGUGCUCUUUGGUAUUGGGAGACAAGGGAUCUGAAGUUGUUGCCCAAAUCAGCAUGCAUAUCUUUGAAAGUUCACCGAACUUGUCGGAGAAAGAUCCAAGAGAGGAUUAGCGCUGUUCUGGCAAUGAUAAAAGCUCUUGAAAAAUCUGAAAACUCUCCCAACUGCCAGCAUGAGUUGAUGAAAGCUUCAGAAAAGCUCGAUAAAGUUCUGAAUGAGGCAGAUAUCCGGCUGCUAAUGGAGAACAUGUCUCAUAAAAAUGGCGCUGAAAUGGCUGAUAAGGAAACCAAGAAAGGAGAAAAACUGGUAAUCAAGCAAAUGGAGAAAAACAAAAGAGAAAAGGAGAGAGAAAGGAAAAAGAUUGAACGGGAACGUCAAAAGGAAAUGUUGCAAAGUGAAAGAGAGCUGAAGCGGUUGCAUGAUGAGGCAGAGAAAGAGGCGAGGCGACGCGAGAAGGAAGAAAUUGAAAAACAGAAACAGCUGAAAAGACAGCAAGAAGAAGCAGAGAAAGAUCAAAAACGGAGGGAGAAGGAAGAAGCUGAAUCAAGAAAACGACUAGUACUCCAGAAACAAGCAUCAUUGAUGGAGCGUUUCCUUAAAAGAAAAAAAACUAGUUCGCCUUUACAAAAUGACAGUUUAGUGAACAAAGAAACCACAUCCGGUUCAUCUUGUAACAUGGUUGAAAGAAAUUUUAAAUCAGUUACUCUAGCCAUGGAUACUGUGUUGGCCCAGAAUGACGGGAUUGAGGUGAAAGAUAUAUGGAAAUCACACUUAAAUGCAUGGCGCUCCAAUCGUUGUUCAAUACGUUCAAGGCAUUGGGGCACCCGUCAGAAGCCUAAGACUGAACUAGUCAAGGAACUCAAGCUUACUAAUAAAGAACAGACUUGGCAUGAGGACUUGAACAUAGAGAAGCUUGUGGUUGGUCUGGAUGGCACCAAUAGUGAUGGAAGAUUGCCUCAAAUGAACAUGGAUGAUUGUCUUCGUCCCUGCGGUACGAAGCGAGUUCCAGUGAAGCUGUUGCAGUUUGAUAGGAGCAAUAGGCCUGCAUUUUAUGGUGUUUGGCCCAGGAAGAGUCAAGUUGUUGGUCCGCGUCACCCUUUCAUAAAGGACUCAGACAUAGACUAUGAUAUUGAUAGUGAUGAGGAGUGGGCAGAGGAUGAACCCGGUGAAAGCCUUUCAGACUGUGAUAAGGACGAACAAUAUGAAAGUAUGGAAGAGCCUAUAAAGGAUGAUGAAGAGGAUGAUAGUGAAGAUGGAUUUUUUGUUCCUGAUGGAUACCUCUCAGAGGACGAGGGGGUGAAAGCUGAUGAACUGGACAACCACGACCUCGAUUCAGAAGUUCAGAAUCUACCUACUUCUGAAUGGCAAUUGCAGAAUGAUGAGUUCUGUAUCUUGCUUCAGCAACAGAAAUAUCUGAAUAAUUUGACAGAACAUGCACUUAAAAAGAACCAACCCUUGGUCGUCUUGAAUCUUAUGCAUGGAAAGACCGUAAUUUCAUCAGCUGAGGAGCUCACUGGUACGUUGAAGAUUGAAAGAAUGGCUCUGCAAGCUCUUACUAUUCGCCCUUUGCCUGGCUUCCAAAACACAGAAAUUUCAGUUCCUAGUCAUGUGGUUGACGAGGAUCGAGAAAGUUCACCUAACAAGUUGAGGACAACACAGCUUUCAACCGCUGCAGCUAUUUUGGACUCAGACUUGCCGCAGAUUAUAUCUGUCAUUCAGUCGUUUCCACAUGGCAUCAGAAAAAUAGAGAAGUCACUGCAUGAUAAGUUUCCUGAUGUUCCAAAGUUCCAGUUGAGGAACAAAGUGCAAGAAAUAUCUGAGUUCUCUGACAAUCGCUGGCAGGUUAAGAAAGAAAUUCUGAGAAAGCAUGGCCUUUCUAUACCAACAGGAAAGGGUCCUAAGAAAAUGAAGAGCAUCGCGACAUUCUUGAAAAAACGAUGCCUCCCUCCAUCUGCGACGAUCACAAACUUGAGCAAAACAUACCCACAAUCUUCCCAGAAACUUGCAGCCAAAGUUGAAUCACAGCAUGACUGCUCAUGCAACCAUCAGUAAGCAUCUUCACUAUGACCGCGUUUUGUUUUGACAUAUCGUGUAUAUAAGUAGCAUAUGUUACCUACCAGUGUUAGCUUUGCCAAAAACCUGCUGAAAUGGGACAUAAACAGGUGAUGGUGCUUUUGUUUUUUAUGCUGGCACUUGUAGCGGGUUAUAGUCGUAUAGUAGAUGGUGUCUUCAAGUGAAAUGUUCACUCCAUGUAUAUAUAAGGUUUGAGUAUUUUUGUCGAAAUUUUGAGAUGAAUGCAGCAUGCUUUUGCACACCCAUAUCAUAGAGGGAGUCUUGUGUAAGAUCAUCUCAUGGGUCAAACUUUGUUAAGACGAAACGCUUUCCAAAUAACAAAUAUGUCGUUUAUGGGCUUCGCCAUCA